GGGGCAUUGUUCUGUAUUCCCGUGCCAAGAGAAGUAGGUGAACUGGGGAAAGUGAGCGGAGCUGGUGCCCCUUUCAGGAAGUUUGCUCUCUCGCUCUCUCGCUUUGCGUUUGCACUGGGAGGCAGAUCGCUGCCUGGCGCUGGCCCUGGAGUCCCCGCUCCUGCUUAAUAUUCUGCCUGCUCCGUUGAUGUUGUGCUUGGCUCCUGUGGGACUGCAACUCACGGCUUGAAACCGGAGCCAAUUUUCUGUCUUCAUCUCACAGUGUUUUGACUGGAGGCAGAUCCAGUUCAGUCCGAUCGGGGCUAGUGGAAACAACUACCUAAGUCUCUCUGUGUCUUUCGCUUGGGAGCCGGGGAACAGAAAACAAACCCACCACACACACCCCCGCGCGCGAUGUGGCUGCCGAGACAGGGCUGCUGAGCAGGAGAGCAUGGGAAGCGAAUGAACUGAUUUGUUACAUACAAUCUGUCUCAGGCGCUCAGCGAUGACUCUGGUGCUGUCCAUGCAUAGAUUCUGCGAUCCCAUUGUCUCGGGGGGAGCUGCCGAGAUCGCAGAGUACCAGACCCUGUGGGAGUCGCACUGUGGCAGCAAGACUAGCCCCUCGGAUCCCAGCCAGGCUCAGCAGCAGGGAGACAGGGCACCAUGUCAUUCUCUGGCAGGAUCACAUUACAGGGGAAUUUCAAAUCCUAUAACAACAUCCAAGAUCACAUACUUUAAAAGGAAAUAUGUGGAAGAAGAGGAUUUUCAUCCACCACUCAGCAGCUGUACGCGUAAAACAGUUUCUGUUUUUGAGGAGCGGGCACACAUUCUUUACAUGUCUUUGGAAAAACUGAAAUUUAUUGAUGAUCCUGAAGUCUACCUACGGAGAUCCGUCCUCAUAAACAAUUUAAUGAAGAGAAUCCAUGGAGAAAUUGUCAUGCAAAACAACUGGUGCUUCUCUGCUUGCUCUUUUGGUGGUCCCUCAUCACAAGAGUGGUUUAUGGCUCAAGACUGUCCUUAUAGAAAACGUCUUCGGAUGGCAAAAGAGGAGUGUGAAAAGUUCCAUGCUUGCUGCUUUUAUCAAGAAUGUGGCAGUCACUAUUUAAAUUUACCCUUCUCUGUUAAUACUAAUGGGGAGAAUUCUUCUUCCUCUUCUUCCUCCUCCUCCUCUUCCUCCUCCUCCCCUAUAUCUUUGCCAAGUUGUUCCCACCAGGUGGAUUAUGGCAUCGGCAGUGCCCCUGUUUACAGGCGUGAUGACCAGAUUCUUGCUAACGAAAUAUUCAUUACUAAUGCCAAGUCUCAUGGUAAUCAGGAAAAGGCAAAAUUAAAUGAUGAGAAAGGAGAUAACGAAACUGAUCGAGAUGGUAUCACUCUAAACUGUGAACCUAUAAAAGGCGACCUUGCUCUUGAAUGUAAAGGCAAAUUUUAUGAUUAUUUUGAGACUGGAUGUAAUGACAAGAGCAACAUAAAUGAAUCUUGGAAAAAGUCCUUAAGGAAAAAGGAAUCUUUACCAAGUAAUAAAAUGUGCUGCAGCAAAGGAAGUAAAAUAUGAGCCAUCUUUUUUGCUGUAACUUUGAAGCAUGCACAGCAUGUUAUCUAUCAAAAUUUUAUUUUGAAUGGAUUUUUUAUAGUUUUGUACAACUGAUACAAUCAUGCCACAAACAUUGCAUAUAGUUUUAAAUGACUGGAGAGCAGAUUGCAUAAAGCAUCUGUAUGAUCUGCAUCAGUGAGCUAUUUAUAAAUAUGGAGACUUCAUAAAGAGCACAGUUGAAUUACUGCUUACAACUAUAGUUUAGAUUUUGUUACUGAAAAUACCAAUAAAACCAGAUGGGGAAAACAUUCCCUUUUAUAUAUGCCCUCCCACAUGGAGUCUGCCAUUAAUUAAGAGGAACCUCCAUUAUGUUUACCAAUUAAUUAGAUGUUUGGUAAACAAAUUGAUAUUACCAGCAAGGGUGCUCUGCUUCUUGUAACACAAUAUUUGUUGUGACAAAAGACUGGAUACUAUGGCCUGGGAUUAAACAGUUUCUACACUCACAUACUGACACUGUUAAAUUCACAUAUUUAACAGUUUUGUACAACUGACAAAGAUAGGAUGUAUUGUAAGGAAAUACCUUUUUAUGGGAUCUUAACCAGAAAUACCACAUACAGCUCAAUCACUUGCACAUUUUCAGCUCAGCUGUAAUAAUUAAUGAGGCUUAUGGUGGUUUGUUAUUAUAUAGGGCAGGUUUUUUGGUGCCUUACUUUUUAUCUUCAUUUUUGCCAGCGUGAAAAUUAAGUAGAAAAUCCGAGCUACAGCAGGGAUGUAUUAACCUAACCAGAAAAAAACAGGAUGGAUCAAUAUUAUUAGAAACCUGUAAUCUUUGAAAUACUGAGUUCAACUUCUUAUUCAAACAUCGUUAUUCUUCCUUUUUGAUGCUCUAUUGCUUUUUGAUUUGCUAUCCUUAGGAAGGGAUUUAAGAAACAAUAGAGAGACGUGUCUUGUAAACAAGCACUAGAUGCUUGAGCAUUUCUAUGGCAACUGUCUGUUGCUGAGGAUCUUUUUUUUUUUUAAUUCUUCCAUAUAAUGAAGUUCCUGAACCAAUGGCAUGCUUUAUCCCUUAUUCUGUUUAGCAUAAUUUCUCUCUUUUAGAUUGCAAAAGCACGUGGGGGUUUUAUAUGACUUUUGCUGUUGAUUUAAAACAAAACAAAAAGCACAAUGUUAAUAAAUAAUGUGGCGAUAAGAUUUUAUCUGAAAUAAAUGUUUUAAUUUUAAAAAAGAUUAUUUUGGAGAAACAGGGCUUGAAGUUUCAAUGAUUAAAGACAAAAUUUGGUCAUACUUAGGUACAUCAUUUUAAAAUGCACAUUUUUAAAACAUACGUAUUACAUUUUUCAGGGGGUGAUUAAAAAAAUGUUGGGUCUUGGAUCCACCUAAUUUUUUGGGUUCCACACCCACCUGGACAACUGUGGAUGUGCUGUGCAUACCAGCCAACUCCAAACCAUAGAUGACACCUUAUUGCUGCCUGUCCCUGCCUGAGACAUUGUGAAUCCAAACAAUAGCUCUUUCUCCUUGGUUCUUGCCUUAGGAACAAUUAGCUGUGCUCAUGCUAUCCAUUGUUUACUAAGGGUGAAAUUCACCCCUGUGAAUGGAAGCAGCCCAGUUCCAAAUUGGAUGUAAGUGGGAUUUAAGGAGUGCACAGACCUUGUGCUGGCCCUCUGCACAGGGAUACAUUUCACUCUAAGUGUAUAGUCCAGCACUCAUUUAAGUCACUGACAUACCUAUGGAGUUUAGUAGUGCAGAAUCAGGUUAUGAUUCACUGCUGCCUUGGGUUUCUCUUAGAAUGUAGGCCAUGGAGUCCAAAGAAUCUCUGUUAAUCCUCCCCUGCCGUUAUUUUUCUUUAUGGCAGGUAAUAUGUGUACCCCAUAGUCAAGAUUACAAAUUGGGCAUCUUUCAUCAACAUCUCCACUGGUCACUCUUGGAAGCUCGCCAACUGCUUUAGAUACGUAGUUAAAUAAAGUUACCUCAAUAUUUGCAGUAUUUCCUACAGGAAGGAUAUUGAAUGCCUAGGGAAUUUUUCAAAAAACUGAGAUAACCAUUAUUUAGUGAUCUAAGACAAAACUGGCGUGUUUGUAAGGGUUAUCACUGUAACAGGACUCGAACAACAAAUAGAGAAAAUAUGGAUUAUGCCUGAUUUCUCCAAGACAGAAGCUUUUUUAUUAUUAAUAAUAAUAUAAAAUAUAGAUCUCAUUCAUACAGUGUAUGAGUAGGAUCAUCAUUUAGACAUUUGUCCAUAAGGACCAAUGAUUUAAAAGCUGAUUUUCUUGUAGUAUAACCAGUUAGUCCAGUAAUAUCUGCUCUUUUUUCAGUAUUUGAUAAACAUUUGAUGUUUUAAGCGUAGAUAUUAGAUCCUUGUAUACUAAUGCGUUGUUGUAGUAAAGUGAGGUUUCCUUGGUAUAUAUUUAUUAAAAUGACCAAAAUUCAUUUUGAUUUUACAUCUUUAAUGGCUGUUGGAGUCUUCCCCUAAUCCCGCCCCAAGGAAAUAUCAUUUAAUCAUAUUGGUCCAAUGUUGAAAAGGUUUAAAUUACAAUCAGUUCUUUUACCACAGAUGCAGACCAAUACAGAAGUCUAAGCUGUCAAUUUUUAGAACACUUUGGAACAGAAUUUUAAGAUAUGCUGACAAAUGUAAAAGAUUUGUUUGGGGCAUAGGGCUGACAUCUGGGAUUGUACAGAUAUAGCUACGGACAGAAUUGGGCCAAACUUUGCAAACUACAGAAUUAUCUUAGGGCCCAGACAUACAGAGUGGGGAACACUUGUGAGGUGCUGAACGCCAUCAAGUCCCCUUGUGUUCAGCACUCUGGACAGUCAGGCCCAUUUGAGAAAACUGCAUCCAAUGUAUGAAGCCAUAAUGCCGUGGUAUUAGUUUAUGAAUCUUGUUUACAUUCUGUUGAAAUGUGGAAUUAUCUGAAACAAUUCUAUAAUUAUCUCUGUAUAUAUAAUGUAUUUCUAAGCCACCUACCACCUUGGUAUGUCUAAAUGUUGGACAAAAUUAAGACAUAUCAGAAUUUAUACAAAGAUGGUGUUAUUUUAUCCGUUCUCUGAGAACAGCAAUGUGAAUUUAAGUGUUCCUUUAUGUCUUUCCCCUUCUUUAUAAACGAUAACAAGUGCUGAAAGUAAAUAUGUAGAACUCAA